AACCUCCCCACCCUCUUCCUCCACUCAAAUCAUCUUCCUCCUCUUCUCUCCUCUCCUCUUACUCUUCCCCACCAACGCCACCAAAACCAACACUCCGAUGGAUGUUUUCACCAAGCAACUCCUCCCCAUGCCUCACCAGCGGGACCCCAACUACCCUUCCUCUUCCACCUCUUCCUCCUCGUCGUCGUCCUCCUCCACGCCCCCAUCUCGCCCUCACCACCGUGCGCAACCCCAACCCCAACCCCACAACCUCCCCCAGUCCCCGAGACCCGUCCCGCGCACCAUCGACACCACCCCGUUCCCCACCACCUUCGUCCAGGCCGACACCACCUCGUUCAAGCAGGUCGUCCAGAUGCUCACCGGCGCCGAGCAGCCGGCCAACAACGACGCGACGGCGGCGGGGGCAGCCGCUGCCGCUGCCGCCAACGGCGGUGGCGCCGGCGCCCAGGCGGCCAGCGGCGGACCGUGCUGCCGGCCCAAGAAGCCGUCGUUCAAGCUGUACGAGCGGCGGAGCAGCCUGAAGAACCUGAAGAUGAUCGCGCCGCUGGCGAUGGGCUCGCCGCCGUCGCCGUCGCCGUCGCCGCGGAGGGCGGCGCCGGAGAUCCUGUCGCCGAGCGUGCUGGACUUCCCGUCCCUCACGCUCAGCCCGGUGACGCCGCUCGCCGGCGACCCCUUCAACCGCUCGCCGGCGUCGGCGUCGUCCUCCGAGGAGGCCGAGCGCGCCGCCAUCGCCGAGAGGGGCUUCUUCCUCCACCCGUCCCCGAGGGGCGCCGAGCCCCCGCGCCUGCUCCCGCUCUUCCCCGUCGUCUCGCCCCGGAUGGCCGCCUCCGCGGCGGCGCCGUCGUCCGAGUGAAGAUCCCCCGUCGCGGGCGCGCGCCUGCUCUACCGUAGCCGCCGCCGCCGCCGCCACCACCAUCAGUACUACUACUACUACAACAACCGUCGCCGUCGCCGUACCGUCCGUCCUUGUUUCGUGAGGUGCUUGCUUUGCUGUUCUCCUUGAUCGACGCCGCUGUAAUUUUUGCCCCCUUCUUGCUUUUCUUGGAACGGGCGAGGAAGGGAGUUCUCUCUCUCUGUUUUUUUUUUUU